UUGAAAGUAACAGUGGACAUGAAUGCGGAGGGCGUAGUAGCCAUCGACACCAUGGUUGCUGAACGUGGGCCGUGUUCAGAGACACUGUCAGACUGCGACUUCGAGCUCGGGAUGUGUGGGUGGAAGGACGACGGCAGCUUCCCCCUUGAGUGGGUGAGGGUCCAGGCUAUGAACGGGGCUCCUCUGAUCGCCUACGACCACACGACCAACACUGAAACAGGACACUACAUGUUCCCGCGCCUCCGGGCAAAUCGAGGAAGAGAAGAUACAAUGACUGGAAUAUUAGUGUCUCCUACCCUUACACCUGGAGGGGGAAAACAGUGCCUUACCUUCUGGUAUAACAUUCAAGGCAUGGAAAAGAGUACGCUAAGCAUCUUGAGAAGAGAGGGCCCCGACUACACCGUCUUGUGGAACCGGACCGACGAACAGGGCUACGGCUGGGUCCUUGGAAGAGCUGACGUGAACAUUGGUGAAUCCUUCAUAGAGCUGGGCAUCAAAGCUGAAUAUAGCGAGGACACAGGGGGUUACAUAGUAGUAGAUGAUGUGAGCCUCGACCCAGGACGCUGCCCAAGUAGCUCCAUUAGCUGCAACUUCGACGAAGGCCUCUGCGGCUGGACAAACAAACUCCUGAGGAACAACAUUUGGCUGGUUGGACGAGGAUACACCGGAGACUCGAACGUGGUUUCGGGUCCCUUGCUCGACCACACGACUGAAGAUGGGCUGUACGCGUAUGUGGACUUCACGCCAUUCACCGUCCAGAGUAAGUUAUCACUAGUGGACGUUUCUGAACAAAUGUCACCCACACAACUGUCCUGCUUAAGCUUCUGGUACAUCAAGUAUGGCGAGAGUGGAAGGUCCGGCGUGUUCACGGUGGUGAUGGCGAACAUACAUAGUCACGAUGGGCAAGUGACAACUCUCCUGACGUUAGAUAAUAACGUUGACGAGCGAAAGUGGACGCGCGCUUUGAUAAAUGUGACCAACCCCCAAAACUACUUCCAAAUAAGCCUGAACGCGAAGAAGGAAGUCCCUGACCAGUUCAUCGGCGUCGACGACCUGGAAUUCACCCAGGGAGACUGCACACAGGUCCCGACGGUUCCGCCUCCUCCGGCUCAAUUCGUUAUGUGUGACUUCGAAGCCGAAGACCUCUGCGGGUUCGAGCAAAGCCAGGGCGACAGCUUCGACUGGGUCCGCGGCACGAGCAACGAUCACGCCUCACUGCCUCUGGACCACACGACCAACAACGCUUCUGGCCACUACAUGUACGCUGACACGAGCAUCUGGGGCGCUGGGGCAUUCACAAGCCUCUUCUCUCCUCAAAUCUACGACUUACCGGAGGCGUGUGUAGCCUUCAUGUACUUCAGCACAAAGCUCGAUCAGCUCCAGGCCUGGUUACACACCGAGGGCAAUCCUGACCCGAUAAGCAUUGCGAACUUCUCUGCUCCGUUUAAUGGCUGGUCUGGCGCAAGGAUGACCGUCCUCGCAGAAGGUGGCUGGCAGGUGGAAUUCAGAGUCACUGUUGGAAAUGACAACGGCUUUGUUGGCAUUGAUGACGUCAUUCUGAGUCCCGACGCCUGUCCCGAUCCUGUUUCCUGUGACUUCGAAGAUGGCAGUUGCUUGUGGCAGAACUUCGGGGGAAAUAGUUGGAUCACGGAACGACCCUUAAAUUCAGCGACAUCAUAA